CUGCCACACAGAAGGCAGACCAGCUGAGACUCACUCAUAGGAAACAAGCAGCUCUGUGAGACACCACAGACAACUGUCAAAACCUUUGGAAAUAUCCACCAGCGAGUAGAAAAACAUCUCAUCAUGUGCCGAGGACUGGACUCACUGCCUGUAACCUGCCUGGAGAGGGCAAAGGAGCUGAAAGCUUUGUUUGGAAGUUUACUACAAAAAUCAGAUCACAGCAUCACAGGCAAAGAAAAGAAAAAUGACAAACUGAAAUUAAACGUCGAUGAGCCUUUGAGGUGGGAGGAGUCGUUCGACAAACUGUUGUCAAGUCAAAAUGGGCUGUGCCUGUUCAGAGCGUUCCUGGUCUCAGAGUUCAGCGAGGAAAACAUUGCCUUCUACUUGGCCUGUCAGGACUACCAGGCAACUAAACCCUCAAAACAGGCCACCAAAGCCAAGAAAAUUUACGACGAGUUCAUCGGCUGUGAUGCACCACGAGAGGUAAAUCUUGACCAUGUGACCAAAGCCAUCACAAAGGAGAACAUGGAACACCCCAGACAGUCCUGUUUCGACCUGGCACAGGCCAAAAUCUACACCCUGAUGGAGAAAGACUGCUACCCUCGCUUCCUUAAAUCCUCUAUGUACCUGGAGGUCAGCAGAAAGGCCAAGACAGGCUAAGAAACUUCAUCAAAAACUGUCCUGCACGCAGCAGAUGUGAUGUGAUCACUCCUCAAAAGGGACAUAAGCUUACUGACGCACAGCGGAGGCUGGAAAGGUUCACACGGAUCAAAUACCUCAGUCCAAAAAAGUUUGGUGCCAGAUUGUGGAGUUAUUUUGGAGACCGACGGAGGUUGCGCACAGAUCAGAGUCGGAGCUGCAAGUUGAAGUACACAUGAAGCUGUGAGAAGAGACUGAGACAGACUGAGCUGUCUGCCUCUGAAAGAGACACCUGUACUGUACAUAUAGGGCUGCAUGCACGGCAGCCGCAGUGGCAUCUAUUAUAAAAAUGCAGAGAGAUUUAAAGAAGUCGCUUUCACACAACAAAACUACCACUGUGAGAGACUGUAGCACUAGUGUUUAUUUAUUUAUUAUUUAUUUAAAGAUAUUUUAUUCUAAUUUUUAUUAUGUGAAUGUUUGCUGUGCAACUGGUUGGUGAAAACUGGUUUGAUAUUUGUUUUUUAUCUGAAGUACUGUAUGUAAAAAUAAGUAUAUUGAAUAAAAAAAUACCAAUUUCCAGAGAGAAA